AUGGCGUCCUCGAGCACGAAUUCACUACACAGGCGACGCCGUAGCCUUAUCAUGACGGCAUUUACCUCGCUGGGCUCUUUUCUUGCACCUGUCAACAUAUUGAUCUCGUCGCUGCUACUUCUUCCAGCAUCUGUUGUAGAAGCAACGAGUGGUUCAGGCUUAACAGCGGUUGCGCCAAGAGCCAGCUGUAGUGCAGCAGUACAGUGUAAUGGGAACGGCGUCUGUGGACCUCUUGGUGGUGGGGAUUUGUGCAUAUGUAAUCCAUUUUGUUAUGACGAGUGGGACGUAUUCAUAGCCACUGCCAUAGAUGGUGAUUGAUACUCAUAGUACCUACGCUCAAGGUCAAGAUUUCUAUUUAAGCAUUGACUCUGCAGCACCGUCUGCUCUCGGUCUCCUUCUAUGUGUGUUAUGCAUAAAGGUUCCUCAAGAAGGAAAAGCCUCUGAGGAGUCCACAUUCAUUAUCCGGAAGGCAUGUAUUGUGAAACCAGAAUUAGGGAUAUCAAAAUCGAGUAUGAAGGCGGAAUCAGUGGUGGCGGGCUUGCGGGAAUAGUGUUAAGGCUAUCUUGAUCUUUAAAUAUGGUAGCGCGAGAACGUAUGAUACGUGGAUGGGGUAAUAUGAUACGUAUGAUACGUAUGAUACUCCCUUCCAAGGUCAAGAUGAUACGGUAUCAUCUUGAUCUUGGAAGAAGUAUCGGCUAAGACUGCCUCGUCAUAUCUCUUACAGAAUGAAAUGAAAGCGGUCCUACAGGAUGAUCUAGAAGAAGUUCCAACUGGUUGAUGUAGCUCCUCUUCAAAGAACUCUACAGAACUGCCUUUCACCUCCUUUUGUCAGAGUUCUUCUAAUCCAUGUCGGAAGCAUCUUGAUUAUUCCCGCGACAACGGGAGUAUUGCUCUUCAUGAUGGCGAGAUCCGAUUGUCUGGAUGACUGAUGAAUUGAUGUUGAAGCUCCUACUCCUAAUGAGUUUGAUGGAGUCCAAAAACAACCUUAGAGGACCUAUUGAAUUCCGUCUCCGUGUGGAGAACUACGACCGCUCCACUGUUACCGUGAUGACAUGAUCGAGACAAAAAUUCUAAUCUGACCUUGGCUUAAGGUACGAAUGAAAUCACGUGUAUGAACAACCUGCUCCAGUAGUCAAUCAUACUGAUACAUCAGGCACUGUGGAGGCUCAGUUACCCGCGACGGACUCGGGCUAGAUCUGCUUGUUGCUCCAUCAAAGCAAGCAUGUUGACGAAGACCC